AUGUUCUCACGGGUCGGGGACCGUUUAUUGCGUGUCCGGUUCAAGAGACGCGGGCAGCUGGGUCCGCUUGUGGUGGGGUUGCCGCCGAAUGGUUGUGGAGGUCACAGCUUGCCACCCAACACAAGCAGCGGGGGAACGUGGCAGUGUCAGCAGCUGCUGCAUAACAUUCUAGAGACGAAAUCGAUCGAAAUCGCGUCGGCUCAGGGCGAGCUUCGGAUCCUCACACCUGAGUUCGCAAAGUUUUGCCACCUGAAAGUUGCGCUUUCAAGGCAUUUGGAUUGCGAUCCUCGCUCUAUUCAUUUGGUCCGGAACGGUGGGGGGACAUACUCUGCCUUCCGUGACGACGAGUUUGUGGACAACACCAGGCAACUCACAAUUGUUGGGGUUGACUUCGACAACGCUGCGAGUGGUUUGGUAAAAGUGAGCGAAGAAGAUAUGGUUGAAGACAGCUUUGGCAGAGUAAAGCCGCGACCUGGCCGCCAGAAGAUGGUAGAGGAUGACGAACCUCCACCAUUGGUACCCGGCAGUGGCUUUGGUACGUUUGGCGGCCUGGGAGGCAUUCGUGGCUUCAGCACCCUUGGCAGCUUGGGCAGUAGAGGUUUGAUCGCCCACAAGGCCCAGGCGGCAGCAAGCAGUGACGAAGAACUGGAUGAGGAUCCUACCAUUACCUACGAGGAGGUGACAAGCCUGCAAACAGAACUUCGUGACCAGUUUGCCGAGGACAAGUUCCAGGCAAGACUCGAGGAGAUCGAAAAAAAGGCUGACGGUCCUGGAGAGCUUGCCCGAAGAAGGCAGGAGCUCAUGCUGGAGGUACAGAGCGUGGUUUUACCAAAGUAUGGCUUUGAGGGUUCCAGGGCCGGCGUGUACAAGAUGAUGGCCGCCAUGGGGCCAUAUGUCGAGCAGCCAGAGUUCACCGAACUUGCUGAAGAGAUCAACAGCCUCCUUGGACUCCGAUCUCCGCCAGAGACAUGGCGAGGACUGUCCAGGGCCUGUGCCAGAGCCAGCAAGGAGCAGGCACCAAACGGACUGGAUGGAGGUCACGAUGGCGCUGGAGGUUACCCCAACGGUGCUGGGAUGAACGGAAAGGAGACCUUUGACAAUGUCAAGGGCAUCGCGCAACCCGGGGUGUGGCCAUCAGACAAGAAGCCCCCUUUCAAGCUGUCGAUUGCCGGCAGCUGGAAUGGGUUCGUUCCAGACGAGAUGGAGUGGGAAGAUGGCCUCUUCGUGUUUCCAAUGGAGGUUGGCGAUGAUGGCUGGGAUUGCUUUCAGCUGUUGCAGAAUGGCAGUUGGGACAAAGUGAUCUACCCCAGCAUGGAAGAGGCCGGCGCCAACGACAAAUACUCUAUUUGUGGGCCUGACAGCGGUGGCCAUGAUAGGAGUUGGCAGAUUGGCAAAGUUGAGUCCGAGGAGGCUAGCCCUGGAUCUCACUUUGUGGUAUGCGUGUCCUUGGAUGACAAGGGCAAGGUGAACCGAGUUUCUUGGGAGAAGUUGUGAGGAGCUGCGGUCACAGCAUGGCCGAAGUUUUGGAGCUCAGGAUUGGCCACCUACAUCCUUAGACCUUCAGUUGAG